ACUGGGGUGAAAACAUCUGUUUUUGCAUAGCUACACUAUAUGACGUCAUUUUCUAAACUCAUAGUGACGACAUUCCCAUCAUAUGAUCAUAGAUAAUUUUUCAGACGCUCCAAAGCCUCCCUCUGUGUCAGUGAGUCCCUCUGGUGAGAUCAUGGAGGGCAGCUCAGUGACUCUGACCUGCAGCAGUGAUGCUAACCCAGCAGCUAACUACACCUGGUACAAGGAGGACGAGGACUCACCAACAGCAUCAGGACAAAUCUUCACCAUCACUAAUAUCACAGCUGAACAUGGUGGAAAGUAUCAGUGUGAGGCCCAGAACACACACGGACGUAGUAACACCACCUUACCUCUGACUGUUGGAGCAGGUGCUUGGAAAUCAGCAGUGACUGGAACAACCACAGCUCUUCUCCUGGUGGUCAUCCUCCUCACUGUCUUCCUGUGGAUCAGUUCAUCCAACUGUUUAUUUCUUUCCUCCCAUCUAGAAGAAACAAGUCCUUCACACAACAGCGUGAGUGCGGUGAGAGACCAGAAGACAGAGCGCAGAUUUCAGCUGCGGCACACACACGACCAGCAGAGCAGCACCAUGAGGUCCACUACGCCAGCGUCUGCUUCACCCAGAACCGGGCAGAUGACCUCUACGCCAACAUAGGUCGAGUUCAACCCCAGAGAGAAACUGAGGAAGAGGAGGAGGAAGCCUGUUCAACGCUGUGGAUUUGACAGUGCAACAGGGUGAGAGUUGAGGAAGUUUCAGGUUUGGUAAGAACAGCCACUAAAGUCGUUUCUCACAUUCUGUAAAAUGAAGAAAUUCAAAGUUUGUACAAACCACAGUUUAAUGUAACACCAUCGAGCUCAGCAAGCAGUUCAGUGGAAAGAGGAAGGAAGGUGGGUGUGUUUAACAGUUUAAAUUUAUCUUUCUCUUACAGAAUCUGUCUUUAUUCUCAGCCUCUUCUGUGUUGUAGGUAGACGUGUCUGUGAUGUGACUGAGUUUCAUCUUGUGCACAUUAUUUAUCUGUGGACGUUUUUCUUGUUUGAAGUCACAGACGAGAGCAGCAGCUACUAUGAGUGUAACUGCAGCAGCCAUUGGAUUUGUUGUCCUUCUUCUCACUGUGACAGGUACUGUACCUCUACAUUCAUGUUGUCACUCUAUUUUACACUCUGACUUCUGAUUCACCUGAAGUGAGUUUGAGAGAGAAAGUUAAAAAUAUAAAUGAACCAUUCAUUCAUUUUCAGAUCAACACCUGUAAAGUGAUGCAGAAAGAAAAUAUAGGAAUGAAUAAUCAUCAGUUUAAUUGUGUAUCUUUGUUUAGAAGUUUCUAUCGUCAAGAGCUCAUAAUAUAACAGAGUCUGAAACAUGUUAUUAUUAUUAUUAUUAUGAUUAUUAUUAUCAUCAGCAUGACUGAGUUCCUCUCCUCUCGAUGAGGACUUGUCAUCAGUGUGUGGAGUCAUUAGUUG